AUGAAGAAGGACAACCAGAGCAGCGUGUCAGAGUUUCUACUCCUGGGGCUGCCCAUCCGGCCAGAGCACCAGGGUGUGUUCUUCGCCCUGUUCCUGGGCAUGUACCUGACCACAGUGCUGGGCAACCUGCUCAUCAUCCUGCUCAUCAGGCUGGACUCCUGCCUGCACACGCCCAUGUACUUCUUCCUCAGCCACUUGGCCCUCACUGACAUCUCUUUCUCAUCUGUCACUGUCCCUAAGAUGCUCAUGGAUAUUCACACUAACUACAAAUCUAUCCCCUAUGCAGGGUGUAUUUCACAGAUGUAUUUUUUCAUAUUUUUUACUUACCUGGACAGCUUCCUUAUUACAUCAAUGGCAUAUGACCGAUAUGUUGCCAUCUGUCACCCUCUGCACUACUCCAUCAUCAUGAAGGAAGAGCUGUGUGCCUUGCUAGUGGCUGUGUCCUGGAUCCUGUCCUGUGCCAAUGCUCUGUCCCACACCCUUCUCCUGAGGAGGUCCAUGAGGAGGGACAACCAGAGCAGUGUGUCGGAGUUCCUCCUCCUGGGGCUGCCCAUCCGGCCAGAGCACCAGGGUGUGUUCUUCACCCUGUUCCUGGGCAUGUACCUGACCACGGUGCUGGGCAACCUGCUCAUCAUCCUGCUCAUCAGGCUGGACUCCCGCCUGCACACGCCCAUGUACUUCUUCCUCAGCCACUUGGCCCUCACUGACAUCUCUUUCUCAUCUGUCACUGUCCCUAAGAUGUUAAUGAGCAUGCAAACUCAGGAUCAAUCCAUUCCCUAUGCAGAGUGCAUAGCACAGAUGUAUUUUUUCAUAUUUUUUACAGACCUGGACAGCUUUCUUCUCACUUCAAUGGCAUAUGACAGGUAUGUGGCCAUCUGUCACCCCCUCCACUACAUGACCAUCAUGAGAGAAGCACUCUGUACCUCACUAGUGGCUGUGUCCUGGAUCCUGUCCUGUGCCAGUGCCCUGUCCCACACCCUUCUCCUGGCCCAGCUGUCCUUCUGUGCUGACAACACCAUUCCCCAUUUCUUCUGUGACCUUGGUGCCCUUCUCAAGCUGUCCUGCUCAGACACGUCCCUCAAUGAGCUGGUCAUUUUCACAGUAGGAGUGGCUGUCAUUACUCUCCCACUAAUAUGCAUCUUGAUCUCUUAUGUCCACAUUGGGGCCACCAUCCUGAAGGUUCCAUCUACCAAGAGCAUUUGCAAAGCCUUGUCCACAUGUGGCUCCCACCUCUCAGUGGUAUCUCUUUAUUAUGGAACAAUUAUUUGGCUCUAUUUUUUCCCUUCAUCCAGCACCUCCAGUAAAAAAAACAUAAUUGGCUCUGUGAUGUACACAGUGGUCACUCCACUGCUAAACCCUUUCAUUUAUAGCCUAAGAAACAGGGACAUGAAGGGGGCCCUGGAGAAACUCCUCAACAGGCAACCAUUUUGUCUCAACAACAUUUGCUCAUCUCUAUAA